AUGAUGGGGGCAGGGUCUUCAGAUUCAUCAGAGGAGGAGAUAGCUGUCCGACAAACCGAAGAUAACGAUGCGACGAGGAUCGUGAAUGAACAAACAAGGAUAUCUUUAGAUGAACCAAAUUUACAAGCCAACGUUCAAGUAAGGAAAAGAAGGGUCCUAACCAACAAUGAACGAAGAGCAGUUUACUGUGCUUUAUUGGAAAAGAGUGUUAAUGGUAAAUUGAAAAAGAACACAACAAAAGAGGUUCAAGAUAUGUUCAAUAUCAAUCCGCGGACAAUGCAAAGAAUAUGGAAGAUUCAUAAGAAAACUCCACCUGGCAUAGAUGUGGAUGUUUUAUCAAGGAAGGCACGGAAUUGUGGUCGUAAACGAAUUGAGGUUGAUUUAAGUCCGGUUCAACAAAUAGAUUUACAUCAACGAACAACGCUAACGUCUCUAUCAGAAGCUUUAAGAGUUAGCUACUUGAAGUUAUAUCGUCUUUUUAAGCAAGGUGUUCUGCGUCGUCACUCAAGUGCCAUUAAACCAUAUUUGAAAGAGGAAAAUAAAACAAUCCGAUUGGAGUUUUGCUUGUCGAUGCUUGACGAAAGCACAAUAUUUAAUGAUCCUAAGUUCAAGGGGAUGUAUAACUAUGUGCAUAGUGAUGAUAAAUGGUUUUAUUUGAUGAAAAAAGAUCAAACUUAUUACUUGCUCGAUAAUGAAGGGGAUCCUGACCGCUCAUGUCGAAGUAAAAUAAGAAAACAUUAAUUAACUUCAUCAUUUACUUGAUCUCAAAAUAUUUUGAUAGCAAAAUCUUAAACAUGCUUGCUCCACGCACAUCUUGUUCCUUCUCCACGGACUUUUCUUUAAUGUUAGUUGCAUCAUCUUCCACGAACUUCUCUUUAAUGUUAGUUGCAUCAUCUUGUUUCUUCACCACGGGCUUCUUUUUAAUGUUAAUUGCACCGCUGAUAACACUUAUGUUCCCAUGAUUUUUAAUAUUUAUAUGAUGUCAUUUUUUUAGGAAAUUGAGUAUUGGAUAGUUGUUUUGUGCUUAAAUUGUUUUAUCUUGUAAAAUAUGAUACUUGCUCGUACUUUGGUGAU